GGGCGGGAAGACACGAAAUGUCAACAACUGAUGCGCUUCAAGCAGAAAAACCGAUUGAAAUGCUUUCAUCCAAGUCAUCGAUCAGCACUGGAUUCAAUCAUUGAAAAUGGCACAGUUUGGAUUUUGUGCACUGCUCCUAUUUUAUUUUCUGUUCUCUGGACUGGUUCAUCACAUCAAAACCCACAUUCAAAAGAAGAGCAAGACUGCUGAAAAAGGCCAACCUAAUUUCAUCAUCAUCUUAGCUGAUGAUAUUGGAUGGGGCGACCUGUGGGUAAAAAGGCCUGACAACUCCACACCUACACCCUGGCUGGACUCAUUAAUGCUGAUGGGCAAAAGGUUCACAGACUUCCACUCCCCUGCCUCCAUAUGCUCACCAUCACGUGCUGCGCUCCUAACAGGCCGGCAUGGUCUACGAAAUGGGGUCACUCACAAUUUUGCAGACGGGUCAGUUGGAGGACUUCCACUCACUGAGACCACGUUUGCUCAGGUCCUGCACGAUGCAGGAUAUUAUACAGCCAUGAUCGGAAAAUGGCACCUUGGUCACAAUGGUUCCUACAGUCCGGUUCAUAGAGGUUUUGACUAUUACUUCGGAAUUCCUUAUAGUAAUGACAUGGGCUGCACUGACAAACCAGGUCUUGACCUUCCCAGCUGCCCUCCCUGCAUACGCCAUCAUUAUACUUCUAGAAAACAUGACCAGUGCUACUCUAAAGUGGCAUUACCUUUAUUUGAAAAUGAGACAAUUGUUGAACAACCCUUGGACACAUGGAGCCUUAAAGACCGAUAUGCUGCUGUGGCAGUCACGCAGAUAAAGACAGCAAGUGUUUAUCGGAAACAACCAUUCCUACUGUAUGUGGCUCUGGCUCACAUGCAUGUCCCACUGUUUCAUAAUGCCUUCCUCAACGUUACUACGCCAGACCCCUAUACAGCCAGCCUCAGUGACAUGGACUCUCUGGUGGGCACAAUCAUGCAGGCUGUCAGCGAUGAGCUGUUGGAAAACACACUUAUAUGGUUCACUGGCGACAAUGGGCCAUGGGAACAGAAAUGCCAGUUUGCAGGGAAUGUAGGGCCUUUUGUCGGAAGAUGGCAGACAAGCAGAGGUGGUGGAUCAGCUAAGAGAACCACAUGGGAAGGAGGUCACAGAGUUCCCACAGUGGUUGCAUGGCCUAAGAGGAUCAAACCCAACACCACUUGCAGAGCCCUGCUGAGUGGUCUGGAUAUCUUUCCAACCAUCCUGUCCUUGGCCGGCUUAAGACCACCAUCAGAUCGACGUUAUGAUGGCAUUGAUAUAACAGACAUUCUGCUCAAUGACUCUGACACAGGACAUAAGAGCCUCAUGCAUCCAAACAGUGGGGCUGCAGGACAGUUUGGAGACCUACAAACCGUCAGGCUGAAACAUCACAAGGCCUUUUACCUUACAGGUGGAUCAGAGGCAUGCGGCGGAGGAAGUGGACAACAGCAAUAUCACAACCCCCCUUUGAUAUUUGACCUCUCACAGGACGAGGCAGAAGAGUCCCCUCUGAUCCCCGAAAGUGAGGAAUACAGGUCUAUCCUACGGGAUGUGGAGAGAGAAAGAGAGGCUCUGUUGUGGGACAUCGCCACAGAUAAGGUAUCGACUGCCGACUACACCACGGUUCCUGCCGCCGUCCCCUGCUGCCAGCCACGCAAUCCAGCCUGUCGAUGUCACAGUCUUAAAAGAGCGUCUGUUCAUGCAGGUGGUGAUGAGAUAGAAAGAGAGAGAGAGAGAGAGAGAGAGAGGGAGAAAGAGAGAAACCUUUCCAACCUGAUUGCUGAUUUGAGAGUUUAUUCUGGUUGGUAAGCGCAUACUGUGUUU